AUGAAGACCAACAAGAGUGAGAAAAUGCACAGUUGUAGUCCAGAGGUGUCUCAAUCUCCGCUUCAGGAGACUAACUUCCCCUCAACCUUCACUUCAAAAUCUUCCGUCUCAUUUCCGCCUUCCUCUGCGAUGCCUUGGCCCAGGAUACCUAUUCUGCUACUAGUUUUCCUUACUCUCAGUCGUCUAACCGGGUCAACUGUGGCUCCGGGUGAACCGCCUCAGGGCUUGGAUACGCCUCUGUUGCCAAGAUUGCUGGACCCCAUGGCUCGAGACGGUUUUGCUGCUGACAGCCGAAUAGGCGGAGAAAGAGGUCUACAUGAGCUGGAGUACGAGGCCUUCCGAAAGAAUGCGACUCCUUCGCCCCCCGGCGGCAGACAUGACAUAGUUGAGUCUCACACGGCCGUAGAAGCAGUUCAAUGGCAUCGAGGAGUAGGUAGAAAGGCGCCGCGGAUAGAAGAAAUGGUGUUCGAACCAGAAAGAGAUUUGUCUUCUAAAUAUCCAGACAAUUUGUAUCUGGAUCCCUGCAAAGCACGUGAGUCGGGGUUUAUGGAAUAUGCUUUUCCAAAAACAGAUCUUGACACAAACAAGUGGACGAAUUAA